AGCGCUGGCUCGCCCGUCCAUCUUUAUGGGGAAUCCCAUCGCUUGAGCGAUGGCCUGCCUCGCAGUGCGUCUUUGUGGCCGAAGAUAUGAGGCAUCAGAGGAGCAACACCCUGGCUUCUUCCAGAGGGUCGAAGGCAGCUUCCUCCGCGCCAUCGCCGACGGGCCCUCUGCUGUCAUGGCCACCCGCGGCUCCGAUGGCUGCGUGGAGUUGCAGGAGGCGCACAUGCCCGAGGAAGUGCAGCGGCUCUUCCCGGAGAUCUGGGGCUUUCUGCAGACAGGGCGCUGGAAGGAGGCGCGGAGCAGUUUGCAGGGCUUCCAAGAGCUCCGAACGGCGUUGGCCUUUUUGAACAUCAAGGUCCGGCAACUGCCCAUGGACAACGGCCUUGCGCCCGUGAUCGUGCACAGGCAUAUGCUCAUGUUGCCGAAGGAGUCCCAAGAUCCCAUCAGCUUGGUGUGGCUGGAAAGCGCGCCCACCACCACCCAAGAAGUACAGGGCGGCUUCGAUGUACAGCUGGAGGGGGGUGCCACUACGCUCUGGGGCCGUGGCUUCAGCGUCAAGGUGGACCCUACCACUGGGGCCCUGUACUUGAAGGUGCCAGAGUCGACGGCGUUUGUGCUGGUGGCCAUCAAUCGUUCCCUGAGGGGCAAGCUGAUGCACGCCAUGCUGCUGCGCCAUAGCUGCUGGCCGCUGCUCCGGCAAGGCGAAGGCUACCUGCUCUUCGUGCAGUUCAGACCUAGGAACUGCCGUGACCAGCAGAACUUCGCCUCAUGGCCCUCCUUUUGGUACCUGGCAGAACUGGAACUCGUGGGCUCGAGGGGGGAGCUGCAGUGCCGGCGCCAAGUGAUACGCCCUGGUGGCCUUGCAGUGAUGGAGGACGCCGUGUGCUUUGUGACCAACGUGGAGAGCCUGCGCUGCGCGCGGCUCACAAUCUUUCGGGCUCAGGCCUCGGGUGCGCUGUGCCUGCCGGGUGUGGUGGUGAACCUUGUGGCACCGAAAGCCUACGAGUUUCCCAGCCAAUACUACGGUCGGUCUGCGUAUAGCCGCGGCGCAAAGGACGUGCGAACGCUGCACCCAGAGGGCCGUGCCCCGGCGGCUUUGUGGCUGGUGCGCCGCGGUCAUCAGCUGGUGCUUGUCAUUCACGCAGCCGACAAGCGCGUGGCACUGGCGCAGUUGUCUGGGCCCAACGGCACGAAACCUCCACUCGGGGACCCUGUGCACGCUCAAACUGGUCAAGGACAGUUCUGGGACGUUUGGUGCCGCCACGACCGAUCGACUCAGACCUUCCGCGGCAUGCAUCGGUAUCAUCUCCGUGGCAAAAGAGACGUGCCCAUGUGCGAGCAAGUGCUUUCGGUGAUCCCGUGCGAGGUAGGAGUUCUCAUUCUGCACAGGGAAACUGCCAAGAGCCUGCCGAGAUGUUGGUGCGUGCGCUUGGACACGCCCAUUUUGGCCCAGUGGAGCCACAGCCGAUGGCAGCCCUCCGAGAAAUGGCCCGACCAUCUGCCUGAGCCCGUGCCUGUGUGCACGGACAGCCCUAUGGAGUUCCAGAGGUGGCAGCUUCUGAAUGGCGACCUAGAGCUGCGCCAAUCCUUCGGCAGGGUUCGGCCCAUAGGGCCAGGGGGACGGCCAGACGUCGCCAAGGGCAGCGGUAAAGGAAAGCCCAAGAACUUCUGGCCGUGGGCGCCUACGGGAGCUCCGCGGAUUCAGCAAUGGAGAACCCAGCUCGAGUGACUCGAGCCGAAGCUCUUCCCGAGCUUUGGGCCGUUUUGCCCAAACAUGGUUUGCCGCUUUUCCACGGUGUGGGAUAAAUCAGAGCCCCUGGUUAGAAGCCCUUUUCAAGGUAGGCGGUUGGGCUAAAUCAGCAUCAAUUCUGUUCCUUUUUCGGAACCGGCAAAGCCUGCGCAGGAUCUCUCAGCGAAAAUCGCGAAAAUCCAUGGCCCGGGUCCAAUAGUCUGAGGCGCCAGUCCCAGGUCGCGAGAGUCAAAUGCGAGGCCUGGACAUGGCGCCCGAUCUUCCGUACCCGACAUUCUGGGGAUUGACGCCCCGCUCUGCUAAAAACAAGCAUGCGAAAAGCAACUGGCCAUGGGUCAAAAUCCAAAUCGUACCUCCA